AUGGAGACCGCUGUCAAAGUGGUGGCGGCCAUUGACCAGGGAACGCAAUCUACGAGAUGCAUGUUCUUUGACGAAGCCUUAAACGUUCUUGCUAUCUCGACAAAGAAACACAAGCAAUACUACCCGAAAUCCGGGUGGUGCGAACAUGAUCCGUUGGAAAUUAUGGAGAGCGUAUACAGCACCAUGAAUGAGGCCCUUAGCAAGGUUGUUGCCGAUCACGGUAACGUCGAAAUCAUGGGGGUCGGCAUCACCAACCAGAGGGAAACGGUUGUCGCCUGGGAGGCGCAGACGGGAAAACCACUGCAUAAUGCCAUUGUAUGGCUUGAUAUUCGGGCUGAGGAUAUAGCACACGAUUUGAUUCGCGAACACGGUUCCGCUACAGCUUUCAUGGAAAAAACUGGUCUCAUAAUCAACUCAUAUUUCUCGGCUGUGAAGCUCAUGUGGAUGUCCAAGCACCUCCCCUGGUUCAACAAUGCGGUGGAGAACAAAAGCGUGCGCUUCGGUACCAUUGACACAUGGAUCAUUUACCGUAAUAUAACAACCAUUCAACAGAAUCUCACUGGGGAAUAUGUUACCGAUGUAACGAAUGCUUCAAGAACAAUGCUUAUGGAUAUUGUUAAGGAGAAAUGGAGCUCCCAGAUGUUGAGAAUUUUUCGUCUAAAUGUAGAUGUGUUGCCGAAGAUAUUACCUAAUUGCGCUGAGUUUGGUGUUAUAACUAACCCUAAUGUGCCUGGUUUUGUGAAUGUGAGGUUGACCAGCUCCAUAGGAGAUCAGCAGGCAGCGUGUGUCGGACAAGGCAUUUUAGAGCCAUGCGCAACCAAGUGCACAUUAGGAACUGGUGGAUUUGUUCUCACUAAUACCGGUACAAAAAGGGUUAAAUCGUCGGGCGGCCUGCUUUGCACACCUUGUUACAAACUGGGGAAGGAAGCUCAAACUGUAUUCGCACUUGAAGGUUCCAUCGCCAUUGUCGGCGCAGGAAUUUCUUGGCUGAAGGCGAUGGGAAUUAUAGAAGCAGAAUCAGAUAUAUCAGGGGUAUUAAAAGAAUGCAAGACGUCUGGAGGUGUGGUUUUUGUACCUGCCUUUUCUGGUCUCCUUGCUCCACGAUGGAGAGGGGAUGCUAGGGCAUGUAUAAUGGGCAUGACGCAACACACUGAGAGGGCACAUAUAAUACGAGCGUUCUGCGAAAGUAUAGGCCUUCAACUUGGUGAAAUACUGCAAUCUCUGCUUACCGACAUGGGAGUGGAUAAAGUUCCCUACAUUUGUGUGGAUGGAGGGAUCUCUACAAAUGAAGAAAUACUUCAACUAAUAUCGGACAUAGUGGAUACUUCGAUAGAGUUAUUUAAUGCAGAAAAAUCUGCUGUUGCUGAGGCCACCUGCGCAGGGGCGGCAAUCUUAGCUGGGGUCCAAGCAAAACUGUGGAACAAUGUGCAAGACAUACAGCAGUUUAUACGAGAACGUCCCAAAAAGUGGAUGCCUCGGAUGUCUGAUUCGGAACGUGAUAUUUUAAUCAAAUACUGGAAUUUAGGUGUUGAACGAUCGAUGAACUGGAAUCAAUGA